AUGAUAAUACUGCAUCUUACAAAACGAAUUCUGAUAAUACCCCUGAACAGAUAGAAAAUGUAUCUGACAAUAUUUCUAAUUCUGAUAGUGAGCAAAUUUUAGCAGAGUCGAAUUUUCUAGAAACUGAAAUAUCUAAAUUGGAACAAGACAAUAGUGCAAAAAACGACAACCCAAGUUGUAACCAGGUACAAAGUAUCAUUUCUUCCGAAAUAAAUAUUAUGACCGAGCAUCAACCGUGUGACCCCGAGUCUCACCCUCAUGUAACUGAAACUAAAAACGAUUCAAUUCAGAAGGAUAGCCGAAUUGAGAUACAAAAAUUUGUACAAGAAUUAUGUUUGGAACCUGUAUCAGAAGAAUUAAUUGAAGUCAUUAAAAAUAAAGAGCUGGAUAUAUCAGAUCACAAUGAAAAUGACAAACAUAUUUAG